AUGAUCUCCAGACAGCAGGGUGUCCGAAACUCCUCUAGGGGCUUCAGCUGUGGCUCAGCCAUCGUAGGAGGGGGCAGAAAGUCUGCUUUCAGCUCUGUCUCCAUGUCUGGGGGUGCAGGCCGGUGCUCCUCUGGAGGCUUUGGCAGCCGGAGCCUCUACAACCUUGGUGGCAACAGGAGCAUCUCCAUGAGCAUGUCCGGGUGCAGGCCAGGUGCUGGCUUUGGAGCUGCUGGAGGUUGGGGCUUCGGUGCUGGCAGCUUUGGCGGUGGAUUUGGAGGUGGUUUCAAUGGACGGGGUGGUCCUGGCUACCCUGUCUGCCCUGCUGGGGGCAUUCAGGAAGUCACCAUCAACCAGAGCCUGCUGACCCCCCUCCAUGUGGAGAUUGACCCCGAGAUCCAGAAGGUUCGCACAGAAGAGCGGGAACAGAUCAAGACCCUCAAUAACAAGUUCGCCUCCUUCAUCGACAAGGUGCGGUUCUUAGAGCAACAGAAUAAGGUCCUGGAAACAAAGUGGAACCUUCUGCAGCAGCAGACAACCACCACAUCCAGCAAAAACCUGGAUCCCUUCUUUGAGGCUUACAUCAGUGGUCUGAGGAAGCAGCUGGAUUCCUUGCUCAAUGACAAAGGUCGCCUGCAAUCUGAGCUGAAGACCAUGCAGGACAGUGUGGAGGACUUCAAGACUAAGUAUGAAGAAGAGAUCAAUAAGCGCACAGCUGCUGAGAAUGACUUUGUGGUCCUCAAGAAGGAUGUGGAUGCUGCCUACAUGACCAAGGUGGAGCUUCAGGCUAAAGUGGAUGCACUCACAGAUGAGAUCAACUUCCUGAGGGCCCUUUAUGCUGCGGAACUGGCCCAGAUGCAGACUCAUGUCAGUGACACAUCUGUGGUCCUGUCCAUGGACAACAACCGCUGCCUGGACCUGGACAGCAUCAUCGCCGAGGUGCGCGCGCAGUAUGAGGAGAUUGCCCAGAGGAGCAAGGCAGAGGCUGAGGCCCUGUACCAGACCAAGGUUCAGCAGCUUCAGACUUCAGUUGACCAACAUGGUGACAGCCUGAAGAAUACCAAAAGUGAGAUUGCAGAGCUCAACAGAAUGAUCCAGAGGCUGCGGGCUGAGAUUGAGAAUGUUAAGAAGCAGUGCCAGACUCUACAGGCAUCUGUGGCUGACGCUGAGCAGCGCGGGGAGCUGGCUCUCAAAGACGCCUACAGCAAGCGCACAGAGCUGGAGGCUGCCCUGCAGAAGGCCAAGGAGGAGCUGGCCCGGAUGCUGCGCGAGUACCAGGAGCUGAUGAGUGUGAAGCUGGCCCUGGACAUUGAGAUUGCCACCUACCGCAAACUGCUGGAGGGCGAGGAGUGCAGAAUGUCUGGAGAGUGCCAGAGUGCAGUGAGCAUCUCUGUGGUCGGCGGCAGUGCCAGCGCUGGAGGCAUUGGCGGAGGAUUAGGCAGCUGCUCUGGAUUUGGAAUGGGCGGUGGCUUUGGCUCUGGCUCUGGAAGCGGUUUUGGAUUUGGAGGCGGAGUCAGUUCUGGCAGCAAGAUCAUCUCUACCACCAGCCUGUCCAAGAGGUCCCACCGAUAA